ACGUGUGCCACUCCACUACGCCCAAACUCACACGAUGCCGUCCACUACGCCCUGCUCCUCCGCCUCCGCCUUCGUUGCGAUGAUGGACUCCAAGACGGCCGGCGAAACUGUGCGCUCGAGCACUCCGACGCCGGCUCCCCGCUCGUCGCCCUCUUCUUCAAGCUCGUCCGCUCGCUGCCCGACGACUCUCUCGCCUCGCUGACCGCCGCCGUGCCCGCCGAGCCCGCCUCGCUCGCCGACCUGACGGUGCUCGCCUUCCAGACCCGUGCAACACGCGGUAUGGGCAAGGGCGAGAAGGACCUCUUUUUCAAGAUGCUCGCCGCCCUCCCCGUCGAGGCUGCGACGGCGACGCUCCACCUCGUGCCGCACUUUGGCUACUGGAAGGACUACCUGCUCAUGCAGGGCGUCGCUGGGAUCGACGCGGCGGUCAAGGACAAGGCGCUGUCGCUCCUCGCCGACCAGCUGCUCAAGGACGCGGCCGAGCUCGAGGCGGCCGAGAAGGAGGCGCGCACCCCGAACCUCACCCUGGCGGGCAAGUACGCGCCCCGCGAGGGCUCCGCCUUUGACGGCCUCGCCAAGCGGCUCUCCACACACCUCUUCGGGAACAAGAACGCGGCGGCGUCGGCGCGCAAGUACCGCAAGCUCGUCGCCUCCCUCAACCGCGCCCUCCUCACCACCGAGGUGCUGAUGGCGGCCAACCGCUGGGCGGAGAUUGAGUUCGCGCGCGUCUCGUCCCUCUGCCUGCAGCGGUCGCGCAAGGCCUUCCUCAACGAGGCGCUCAAGGGCAAGCUGGCGCCGGCGCAGGAGGAGACGGGCAACCGCCACCCCGAGGACGAGCAGCGC